GGCCCAAAACCCCCGUCCUGAAAGCCUGAAACCUUCGCUUUCCCCUCUCCCCAAAUCUCCCCCUCCGCCGCUAGGGUUUUAUCCCGCAGCAGCACCAUCGUCGGCGGCGCCGCCACGAGACCAGCCAACCAAACCCCGCGAAGCUCGAGCUCGAGAGCUCGAGAGAGAUGAGGCUCCUGACGCACAACUUCCUGGCGUCGAACGUCAAGGGCGUGAGCACGGGCUACCCGCUCGCGCUGGAGGUGGCCAAGUCCUCCAUCAAGGAGGUGGAGCUCAACGCCGACUUCCUCCGCGGGAUCCUCCCCAAGCUCGACUGGCGCGCGCUCGUCGCCGCCGCCUCCGCCGCGGGCUUCCCGGACCUCCUCCCCGCGGAGCAGCCGCAGGAGGCGGAGCUGUUCGCGGACGGCGCCGCGGAGGCCGAGGGCAGCGCGAUCCGCCGCCUCCACCACGCGCUCCUCGAGAUCCACGUCGAGGAGGGCACCCUCGUCUGCCCCGACAGCGGCCGCUCCUUCCCCAUCCUCAAGGGCGUCCCCAACAUGCUCCUCCACGAGGACGAGGUGCGGCACUGACUAGCGCGACAGACACCUCCUCUCGCUUGAAUUGCUAUAGGGUUCCACCCUUCCAGGGCUUGGACCUCUAAGAUUCGAUGUAUGAACUAUGAAGUAUGGAAUGGUGAUCGUGUGCUCAUAUAGCUAGAUUAAAUACUAUAAUUCGUGAUGUUAUCACUUGGAAUUCCGCUUUUGUUUGCAGUCAA